CCUGAGAAGAAAUUCAACCACCAGCCAUGUCCGCCCCCGCCCAGCGCAAGCAAGCCUCCCGCAAGGGCAAGAAGGCAUGGCGCAAGAACGUCGACGUUUCCGACGUCCAGUCCGGCCUCGAGAACCUGCGUGACGAGGUCAUCCAAGGCGGUGUUAUUGCCGAAAAGUCGGCCGACGAGCUCUUCGCUCUCGAUACCACCGGCUCCGAGGCCAUCAAGAAGCAGGUCGCCAAGCAGUACAAGCCGCUCAAGGCCGACGAGAUCCUCGCCCAGCGCUCCGCCGUUCCUGCCGUCGACACGCGGAAACGCGCCUCAGGAGUCACCAAUGGCAUUGUCGAGCCCAGCAGCAAGAAGCGCAGGUCCGGCGGCGUGUCGCACUCGGAGCUGCAGCGCCUGAAGUCGCAGUACAAGGGCGACGUCGAGAACAAGGACAUCAUCCUGCAAGAGGGAGCGUCGCACGACCCUUGGGCGAUGGAGGAGCCGAAGCAGGACCCGCGCUUCUCGUUCCUGCCGCAGAAGAAGCCCAUCCGCGAGCCCGAGACCCUCAAGCAUGCCCCCGUGGCCCUCUCCGCUAGCGGCAAGCCUUUCCCCGCCGUCAAGAAGCCCGCGGCGGGUAAAUCGUACAACCCGCUGUUCGAGGAUUGGCAGGCGCACUUGGAGCGCGAGGGCCAGAAGGAGAUCGAAGCGGAGAAAAAGCGCUUGCAGGAGGCGCGGGAGGAUCAGGAACGCCUGGAGCGCGCAAUGGCUGCGGCGCAGGAGUCCGAGCACGAGUCUGAUGGCAAUGAGAGUGCGUGGGACAGCGAGUGGGAGGGCAUCCAGAGCGAGGCCGAGGAGAGCCACUUGAAGCAGAAGAGGCCAGAGCGCAAGACGCCGACGCAGCGGAAUAAGAUCAAGAGGAGAAAGGAGGCCGAGAGGCAGGCCAAGUGGGAGGCGCAGAUGAAGAAGCGGGAGCAACAGGCUAUGCAGAUCAAGGAGCUGGCGAAACAGAUCGAAGAGAAGGAGAAGGCGAAGAAAGAGCAGAUGGCUCUGGCUAAAGCGGAGGAGUCAUCGUCGGAGGAAGAGGAGGAGGUUCUGCGGAAACGGAAAUUCGGCAAGGCACCAAUUCCCGAAGCGCCCCUCGAAGUUGUCCUGCCGGACGAGCUGCAGGACUCCCUGCGCCUUCUCAAGCCUGAGGGCAACCUGCUCAAGGACCGCAUGCGCAACAUGAUUCUGCGCGGCAAGGUCGAGAGCAGGAAACAAAUGCAGCACAAGAAGCCCAGGAAGGAGGUCAUGGAGAAGUGGUCGUACAAGGACUGGAAGCUGGACCGCAAGUGAGCGUCCUUCGGCCAUUCAGUUGUGUCAGAGAUACCUUAGAAGUAAUGGAAUUCCAAUGGCGUUUGGAGCGCGCUCUGUCUGUCGGUACUUGACGUUGUUUGUGUGCUUGUGGUGCGGGGUGGACGUUUACGUGUGGGCUUAAGGUGUUGGGUUGUGAAGCCUGUUGUCCUUCUGCAGGAGACUGGUCGAGGGCAUGUCACGGCUGUGAGCUAUACAUUGAUGGGUCAUGGAAAAGGGUAAGUUUAUAGUCAUUUACAUUAUGCAGAGCCGCAGGCAUAACACCCCG